AUGCCACUUCAAGUUGGUGACCAAGCACCUGACUUUACUUUAUACAAUACAGAAAAAAAAGAAGUUUCACUGAAAGAUUUAACAUCAAAAUCAAAUGUUGUUCUAUUAUUUUUUCCAUUGGCAUUUACUGGCGUAUGUACACAAGAAUUAUGUUCAACUCGAGAUGAUAUUAAAAAAUAUGAAAAAUUAAAUGCAACAAUUGUUGCUAUUUCUGUUGAUUCAAUGUUUGCAUUGGGAAAAUUUCGUGAAGAACAAAAACUUCCAUUUGAUUUAUUAUCCGAUUUUAAUAAAGAAGUUUCUCAAAAAUAUGAUUCACUUUAUGAUCAAUUUCCAUUAUUUGGUCUUAAAGGUGUUACAAAACGAAGUGCUUUUGUUAUUGAUAAACAAGGCAAAAUUAAAUAUGCUGAAGUACUUGCUGAUGCAGGAAAAGUUCCAGAUUUUGUUAAAAUAAAAGAAACAUUAGAACAAUGUGGGCAAUAA